GCGGAUCUGAAUUCUGACGGGAAAGCAUCGAAGAUGGGAAGGUAAAGGACAGACUCACAAGUUUUGUAAUUUAGUUGGUGACCACAUGUGUGGCCUCAUUUGCCUUCCCUUGCAAACAUCUUGACCCCAGCAAAACAAGAUCUUCCAAAUCCCAUCUGGCACAUCUUGAACCUCUACCACCUUCAGCAAGAAUCUUACCCCAAAAUAGACCUACAGCCACUAUCCAACCCCAAUAACCAAUUAGCAGCUGCUGACAUGGAGAUUUCCCCAAUCCACAACAUCUACAGAGACCCAAAUUUCCCAUAUAAACUGCCCCAACUUCUCUACACUUCCCACAGCCAAAAACAGUUCACCAUCACCACCAAGCAGCAACAAAGCUCCAACCUUUCCUCAGCCAUGGCAACCUCUGCAUUCCAACAGUCUGCAUUCGCUGGCCAAACAGCGCUGAAGCAAGCUGAUGAGCUCCUUCGCAAGGUUGGUUCUUUCGGAGACGGCCGGAUCAACAUGCGCCGGACUGUGAAAAGUGUUCCCCAGAGCAUUUGGUAUGGAGCAGACCGUCCCAAGUACUUGGGUCCAUUCUCCGAGCAAACCCCAUCAUACCUCACUGGCGAAUUCCCUGGUGACUAUGGCUGGGACACUGCUGGACUAUCAGCAGACCCUGAGACGUUCGCCAAGAACCGUGAGCUCGAGGUGAUCCACUGCAGAUGGGCUAUGCUUGGAGCCCUCGGCUGUGUCUUCCCUGAAGUCCUCUCCAAGAAUGGUGUGAAAUUCGGCGAAGCAGUCUGGUUCAAAGCUGGAGCUCAAAUCUUCUCCGAGGGCGGCCUGGAUUACCUUGGCAACCCGAACCUCGUCCACGCUCAGAGCAUUCUUGCCAUCUGGGCUUGCCAGGUUGUGCUCAUGGGAUUUGUUGAGGGCUACAGAGUUGGUGGUGGACCUCUUGGCGAGGGACUUGACCCCCUUUACCCUGGUGGAGCUUUCGACCCUCUUGGUUUGGCGGAUGACCCCGAAGCAUUCGCUGAGUUGAAGGUCAAGGAAAUCAAGAAUGGCCGCCUGGCUAUGUUCUCCAUGUUUGGAUUCUUCGUCCAGGCCAUUGUUACUGGAAAAGGUCCCGUUGAGAACCUUUUCGACCAUGUUGCUGACCCAGUUGCAAACAAUGCCUGGGCUUUCGCCACCAACUUCGUCCCUGGGAAAUGAACGGAACCUAAACAAUGAUCCAUUCAAUGUUGUAAUAGCUGAGAGCUCUGAAAGUACUGUUUAACUAUAAACUGAAGCAAAAGCAUGGAAUGAAACUUUCUACUUUCUGCCGUCUCAAUAUGAAUUUUACUCAUGAAAAUAAUUUGUCGAAGGAUUAUAAAGACGUCAUAACCCCAUUGGAAGUACUUGUCUAUCUGCUGCAGCGUCUAAACUGAGUGAGUUCUCUGCAUUCGGAGAGGAUCCGAGUUUAGUUGCUCACAAGAGUGGGAGUUACUCAACCUGUUCCUUUUGAUUUUGGUGUUGUAGAUAACAGGAAGGAGAACUCUCUGGGGCUUCUAACCCAGAACUAGUCAAGCUUUUCAUUUGUUCUGACUUCUGAUGCGAGCUGCAGGUCUUGCCCUUUAUGCUUGUGAAAUUGUCUGUUUCGACUAAAUCACUUGGGCUGUCACUGACAUUGAAAUCCAGGUUCCAGUCGGAGUUACUAUCCCUUGAUGAUUCUGCAAAGCUACUACUUGAAGAUGGCCAUAGUACGUCGAUAUUGUGAACUGAGUUCUAAGUUCUACCACCAUUCUUGCAUUUACCCGAUUCACAUCCCAGCUUGUUAUCUGUUUCCUCUAUAAUAAUUCCAUCUGUUCUGGGAAUCUGCAGCCAAAGUCAGGCAUAUGAUAUUGCAAACGUGCUUUCCUCCAUGAAGCUUAUUGGUAAGGUAAUGCUCCACAACAAGACAGUUAUCAGCACAGUUGCUAGUUUGAACAUUGCGCGGUUAGAUUUCUUGUCAAGUCGUAAACUUGAUGGUUAUGGAUACAAACUCAUACUGCAGAUUCCAGGAAACCUGCAUGUAGACGAGUAGGAUUAAACACGGAAACCACACCAACAGCAUUACAAGCGUUGCUGCAUCUCGUUCUAAUUGCGAAUCAAGGAAAAGGGUGUUUGGUGCAGAUGUUACAAAUAUUAAUUUAGAGAGGAACAAGCUUGAUUCUUCAGCUUGACUUGAAUAAAAACCAGAAUAUGAAGAUGCAUAAUGGUACAAGUGAAAUCAAAGUCAAGUGAUUGG